AACACAAAAGGAACAAGAGAGAGGGUGGGUUGGCGAAAGGGUGAAGAAACCAAAGAAAAAAGAAGAGAAAAGGAGGGGAAAAGGUUGGCCCAGCGGCUGCAGCCGAGCCGAGCAGCACUCUUCCUCGCUGCUUUGGAUACGCAUUCCGCAUCCCCCGGCUGGGUUCGCACUUGCGCAGGGAGCAGGACGAGCGGCGGAAUGGGGUCCGGAUCCGGAUCUUUCCUCAAGGUCGUGGUCAAGAACUUGGAUGUUCUUGCGGGGCCUGUAGUUUCACUUGCAUAUCCACUAUAUGCAUCAGUUCGAGCAAUAGAAACAAAAUCUGCUGUAGAUGAUCAGCAAUGGCUCACAUACUGGGUGCUGUACUCGUUUAUCACUCUGUUUGAGCUCACUUUUGCUCCUAUACUUGAAUGGCUUCCUCUGUGGUCUUAUGUUAAAUUGUUUUUCAAUUGCUGGUUGGUCUUGCCCUAUUUCAAUGGUGCUGCACAUGUCUACGAGCAUUUUGUGAGGCCAAUUGUUGUCAAUCAGCAAAUAGUAAACAUCUGGUACAUCCCAAGAAAGGAAGAAUUGGAUAGGCCUGAUGAUGUGAUAUCAGCUGCUCAGAGAUACAUUGAACAAAAUGGCUCAAAAGCAUUUGAAAGUCUGGUUAACAAGUUUAAGGCUUCAAACACAAGGCGCUCCAUCCUAGAGGAGGUAGAGGCUGAAAGAAGAGCCAAGGCUGAACUAGAAGCAGAAACCAGGGAUGAGAAUCCUUUUUUCAAUCAAAAUUACCGCUACUAGAAUGCUCAUGUUUUCACUUGUCAGGUUCAUAGGAUCAACCUUGGGGAGUCUACAAUCGGCGACAUUAUGCUCCUGGGAUGUCAAUUAUGUGCGAUCAAGCGAUCAUGGAUUAUUGUACAUAGGUGAUAGAUUCUAGUAUUCUUGCUACUCUGGUCCAUGUACUGUUCUUGCCAGUAAUAUACCAAUGGACUGUAGGUUUGGCAUAUGAGGCGAUUUGCUCACAGAAUUAUCACCUGAAUCCCUCUGUUACGCUUGCCGGACGGACCAUUUCCACCGUAAGAACAGUUCCCGGCGUAUGGUAACACUAAUCUGGGAAGGUUUUCAAUCGUGGCAGCCGCCGAUAUGAGAAAUAUAACGAAUGCACAUUCAAGUCGAGUUACGGAGUUAAGACUUUAAUUGAAUACCAGAGGAAUUUUUUGA